AUGAAUUCCUUUACAAAUGUACCUCCUGGCUUCAGAUUCCAUCCAAUUGAUGAAGAACUUGUAGACUACUACCUGAGGAAAAAAGUUGCAUCAAAGAGAAUAGAAAUUGAUUUCAUCAAGGACGUCGAUCUUUACAAGAUUGAGCCUUGGCAUCUUCAAGAGUUAUGCAAAAUAGGAAACGAAGAGCAAAGUGAAUGGUACUUCUUUAGCCAUAAAGACAAGAAGUAUCCCACAGGAACUCGAACCAAUAGAGCGACAAAAGAAGGAUUCUGGAAAGCCACUGGAAGAGACAAGGCUAUAUAUAAAAGACAUAGUCUUAUUGGUAUGAGAAAAACUCUUGUAUUUUACAAAGGAAGGGCCCCAAAUGGACAGAAAUCCGAUUGGAUCAUGCACGAGUAUCGCUUAGAAACAAAUGAGAAUGGAACUCCUCAGGAAGAAGGAUGGGUGGUAUGUAGGGUUUUCAAGAAAAGAUUGGCGGCAACGGUGAGGAGAAUGGGAAAUUACGAUUCUUCACCAUCGCAUUGGUACGAUGAUCAGCUCUCUUUCAUGGCGUCGGAGCUCGAUUCCAACUCUCCACGGCGGAUUCUUCCCAACCAUCAUCAUCAUUAUAACCGCCACCAUCACCAGCAACCAUUGCCUUAUGGCCUUAAUGCGACUUCAGCUUAUGCAGUCAACAACAAUAACAACAACCAUAACUUGCAACGCAAGCAAGAACUCGAGCUACAAUACAAUCAUAUGGUACAACAUCAACAACAAUACCAUCAUCUUUAUGAAUCUAUGUUCCUCCAGCUUCCUCAACUUGAAAGCCCUAACAGUAAUUGCAAGUCUCUACCUUAUGGAUCAAGCAACAACAAUAAUAACAAAAGAAAUAUUGGUAACUUGCAGCAAUCGUCAAAUCUAUCUCAUGAGGAACAAUCACAUCAAGGGAAUCAAAGUUUCAGCUCUCUUUAUUAUGAUCAAGGAGUGGAGCAAGUGACUACGGAUUGGAGAGUUCUUGAUAAGUUUGUUGCUUCUCAGCUAAGCAAUGAGGAGGCUAAAGCCGCGGCUUCUGCUGAUCAAAAGAAAACCAAGAUCGAUGCGAGCAACACGGCUUAUCAAGUCGAAGAUGAGGGAAUGAAUUCGCUGGAGAAUGAUUCUGAAAGGGUUGUUGAAAUGGGAGAAGAGUAUGCUCAUGCUGCUUCUACUUCUUCUAGUUAUCAGAUUGAUCUCUGGAAAUAG